CAUUUUUUGACAUUUCUAACUCCAUCUUCCUGGUGCAUUUCUGGCCGUGGUGGUUCUUGUCAGGCCGUGUAACCCGUGCAUUACAGCGCCGCCCAUAUCCCCCUCCACCUUGUGCUCUUGCAGCCAAAGUUGUGUUUGUCUCUCGUCUCCCACGGCCGUCUCCACCCUUUCAUCAGCCAUUCUUCUCCUCGCUUUCAUUCCGCCCUCACCGCAAGCCGACACGUCGAGCCACACAUCUCCCCAGAUUUGUUCUUGACCUUGCACAAACACACCCGUCGACGCAGCAUUCCACACCGGCACUCUCCUGGCGUAUCCCUUGCUCCAUGCGCAAUUCGCUUUCCACGCCCAUGUCUGCUGGCAGAUCCUCCUCCCUUCCUUUGCGCCCUCACCUCGACUUCCUGCAACCACCCGUCAGCCUAGGAUCAUGAUUCCCUGUUGCCCUACGGUUGCCUGCUGAGAUUGUACCAGCAUUUGGCUGGCGAGCGAAGGGGUACAUGAUCCCGCCAGUCCUUAUUUCUCGCCCAUCCCACUUCCUCCUUCAACUUCUCGCCCUCCUUCCGCCUCGAUCCUUUUCUUCCCUUCUCACCACUUUUUGAUAAUCUCUCUUGGUUGUACAUCGACCCUCAACAUAUCUUGGAACAUAAUUUUGUGUCUCACACUGUCGACAUACUUUGUGGCAUGUGGCAUACCGGGUCGUCGUCGCCCAACACCAUUUCUACUGCGGAAAACUUGUCCAUUUCCGCCUUGUCCUCAUACCCGCUAUCUUGACAAGGACAACUGCCCUCGACAAGAUUGCUCACUCGAAUAUUCAACCCCUAUAUAACUCUCAUCCAGCCCGCCUGGCGUGUAACCGCCCGCUGCGCACCAUGGACGCUGGCACCGCUGUCGAUGCUGUCAGUACAGGCACCCCCGACCGGGUUCCACUUUCCGCUAAUCAAGCCCGUGAACAGGGUCGACAUGGACGAGCAUCUGUUUUCGAACGCUCCACCUCAUCGAGGCCUGCGCUAGGUGGCACCUCGGACUAUGAACUUGGAAAGUCACCCUGGGACUCUUCCCGCCGCAUUUGGGGGACAAACCAUUCCUUGAUCGAUGACUUCGACGCUGACAGAGUCCGACAUGACCCCCCGGCCCCGUCUUUUGCAUACAACAACUUUAUUAACCAAAUGCCCACCUCGCCGACGAACCAAAUCCCCUCGGCAAAUUCAACACACCAAGCCAAUGGCGCCAACUCGAUCUUCUCCUCAAGUGAACAUGACGAGAAUACUUCCUCAACCAAGCCUCCGUGGACUUCGAUGUCCACGCUCGCAGGCCCCAUGUCCAGAUCAAAGGGUUUACCUUUGUCACCAACACAGCAACGCCAGAAUCUUGGUCCUAGCCCUCACCAAGAUUCGCGCAACACUCCGGAGCCUCCAAGUCUGUUCAUGGGAAGCGCCCCCGAUGUGGACGAUCGCUCCAACGGCGAUGUCCACUCUCCACAUCGACGAUCCAGCACCAUCACUUCGCGUCUAAUUCAAUCGCCUACAAGCGCCGGACCCUUUGAUCGAAAUCGUUCGGCCCAUCAGCCUUAUGGAGUCGACACCAAAGAAUUUGGCGGACGCGAGGCUUUCGGUGUUGGGCUAGCCUCCGCCUCAAAUGGGAAAAUCUCGAUGCCCAUAAAUUAUACUAGCCAGAGUAACAUGACCACCCCUUACAUUCAUGAUUCAUAUGGCUUUGGAAGGCAGCCUUCUUCGCAGACAGUAAAAGGUCCAGACACCUUCGCAUCUACUUCUUCUCCCUAUGGACACAACAACCGAAGCCAUCAGACUGCUGCCCGAGCCGAACCUUUUGCAUCGCCUUCGGGUCAGAAACUUACUAGUGUUCAACGGUCUCUACAAGCUCUGAGCAUCGAUCAAGCACGGCAAAGCACCGAGUUCGUUCCUGGACGUCGUUUCCCGCCAGUACACGCAGACGCACUCAAUGGCAUGGCACACAACCAAGGCCGCGGCCAGGCGUUACCAGAGCCGCGUUACCCUCUGAUUGACAGUGCCCACCAACCCUACUCAAGUCCCGGACCGUUCGAGUCUCAGCGUAUUGAGUCUCAUAAUCUGGCUCAAUACCCCGGUAUGACUUAUGGCUCGCGAGGGGCCUUCUCCUCCAUGUCUAGCGAUCAGCAUAGCAACGUGCAGAGCCCGUAUUAUUCUACCUCAGACACACCCCCCACGGGGCCUGACUCCAUACGCAGCAACUCGGCCAACGGUGUUCCUAAUCCCGCAUCAUACGCCGAUCAGCGCAUGCUGGAUCACAAACUACGCAGCCUCGAUCCCAUGAGGUAUGAGGCCAGCCCCUACACCAUUGGCCCUUUGCAUACCCAUUAUCAAGGAUCCCCUUAUGAUGCGGCCAGCCCUGGUUUUGGCAUGCGACCGACGACAAUCGCCUCGCCGUAUCCUGGUUCCAACUAUAGCAAUGGCAACGGAUAUGCUCCAACAUCACGCAUGGGCAUUCGUGAUGUGGAUCAAAGCUCCAGCGUUUGCAGUCAGCUCCUGGAAGAUUUUCGCAUGAAUAGUAAAACAAACAAGCGGUAUGAGCUCAAGGACAUAUACAAUCAUGUUGUGGAGUUCAGCGGGGAUCAACAUGGGUCCCGCUUCAUUCAACAGAAGCUAGAGACGGCCAAUAGUGACGAAAAGGAACAGGUCUUCAAGGAGAUCCAACCAAACCUGUUGCAGCUGAUGACUGAUGUGUUUGGAAAUUAUGUUAUCCAGAAAUUGUUCGAACAUGGUAAUCAGUCGCAGAAGAAGUUGCUUGCGAACCAGAUGAAAGGCCAUGUACUCCAUCUUUCGAUGCAAAUGUACGGCUGCCGAGUUGUACAGAAGGCUUUUGAACAUGUGUUGAUCGACCAGCAAGCGAGCUUGGUCAAAGAGCUCCACGGACCGAACCUGCAGAUAUUGAAGGUGGUCAAAGAUCAAAAUGGCAACCACGUGGUCCAGAAGGCGAUUGAGCGAAUUCCAGGCGAACAUAUUCAAUUCAUUGUGGACGCACAUCGCGGCCAUGUCAUGAAGAUGUCGGCCCACCAAUAUGGCUGUCGUGUGGUUCAACGCAUGCUGGAGUACUGCCAACCGAACGCCAAGAGAAUGAUCCUGAACGAGCUCCUAGAAAACAUUCAGCCUUUGAUCCUUGAUUCGUACGGCAACUACGUUGUGCAGCACAUCAUCGAGGGCGGGGAGCUGCAGGACCGUCGUAGGAUUGUCAACAUCGUCCUGUCAAAUCUGGUCAACUUCUCCAAACACAAGUUUGCGAGCAACAUUGUGGAAAAGAGCAUCGAAUGCGCCGAUUCCGACCAACGUAUGGCGAUUCUCCGAGGGCUUACUGCGCCGGACUCGAAUGGACGAACCCCAGUGAUGGAUCUGAUGAGUGAUCAAUAUGGAAACUAUGUCUUGCAAAAGGUGCACAAGAGCCUGCAAGGCGCCGAGCUGGCCGCGCUGGAGGCGGACAUGAAAAGUCACUACCCGAUGCUUCGGAAGACGAGCUAUGGAAAACAGGUAACGGCGAUCGAGAAGCUUCUGUUCGGCGGUCCAUUGACGCCGAGUGGAACGACGAGCAGCCGCAGCUCACUCUUGCCCAGCACAAAUGGCAGCAUGUCGGUGAGCGGCACAGUCUCUUCACUAGAACAGCUCCAUCGGAAGUAAGUCAAAUCCCCAUGGCCAAUGCCUGACAGCUUGAACCCUGAGGCUCCGUGGGAUGGGUAUGGUUUUGGGUGGCAAUGGUGCCUGGGUGGGCAUGGGCGGGACAUAUCGGUGGUGUACACAAUUUCCCAAAUUGAAAGAAUGUUCUCGUUGCAGAUUUGGAAUCAUGCAACAAAGGAUGCACACUGCAUGGUUGGGAAAUUGAGGUAUAUUUUGUGUUUGAUCAUCACCCAAGGAGUUUGAUGAGAAGGUCCUAUUGAUAUAGGCAUGGACGCAUGUGGGCGAGAAUGGAACGUGGCAGAUGCCACAGAUUGGACGGAUGAUCUAGGAAGGAAUGUUAUUUUCGAUACGCUUGACGACAACGGAUGGCUGUGGAUACCCAGGAAUCGGAACAUGAACGAACAGGUGUUGGGGAUUUGCGGCGAACAGCAUGGUACAUAGUCAGCAAGCGGUACAUGGGAUACUCGACAUAUGGAAGUGCCAUUGGACGAUUUCGACUGCUCUGAGAGCAGGCGAGCUUUUAUGGAUUGGAUUUUGUGAUUCGGGAUACUGUGAAGCAUUGUUCAAAGUUAGACGCAUAGUGAAUGAUUACAGUACACUGUUAACCUGG